GUUUUGAGGGAAAAGAGGAUCCCAAACCCAAAGGGAGUUUGGGUUGCUUGGAUGGACGCUUGUAGCGUGGCGGCAUUUCAAGAGGUGGUGAGUGCUGUUCGGUCGCCACAGACAGCGUCGCCGGGGACACCAAUUGGGCAUUUUGCAGUCUACGUGGGGAAGGAGAGGCGGCGAUUCGUGGUGCCGACAGGGUUUCUCUUUCAUCCUCCAUUCAAGAUGCUGUUAGAGAAAGCUUAUGAUGAGUUUGGGUUCGAGCAGAGAGAUGGGUUGGUUGUUCCUUGUAGCGUGGCGGCGUUUCAAGAGGUGGUGAGUGCUGUUCGGCGAAGACGAAGCACUGGUUUGAUGUAG